ACCCCUCCGAGAUCAGCCGCUGCAGAGACUUCCGAAGUCGCCCGCGCCCUUCCGUUCGCCGGGCAGCCUCUCGGGCGCCAGCGUACUGUCCAGCACACUCACCUUCGGAAAGUCCCAGGCAUGCGAGCGGGGCAGAGGCGGGCUGGCUGGCCGGCCUGCCAGGAGAAGGAUGCCAAGCGAACCUGACCGAAGGGUCUGCUUCGGCCCCCGGCUGUGACCCCCCACCAAGGGCAAGGCAGGCACCGCUGCGGCUUCUCUCCGCGCCGGCAGCCAAGAGACGCCUCUCCUGCGGCAGAAUCGCUUGUCCCGACUGGCUGUUUCUAGCAACUGUUGGGUCUAAGAAUCAAAUUCCCUCAAGGAUUUUUUUAUCAGGCUGGAUUGUCCAAUGGAGGCUACUGAACGGGCCAGGAUCUUGCCCGGUAGCAGCAGCCUGUCGGGAGACCCGCAGCUGAAUUACCAUUCUCUGGAGCAGAGCCCCUGUAAACCUUCCACAGAAGUGAAGGGUUACCAGAGAAAAACAUGGAAGAUUGUCCUCUGCCACUUCUUCUCUGUGCUCACGCUGGGGAUCCCACUCAUCAUCUUUCACUGGAAGCCACACCUGGAAGUCAGUGCCAAAUGCACGCGCUGCCCCCUCCACCAGGCCGAUCAGGUGGUCUUCCAAGAUCAGCUGGGACGGUAUUUCACAGCCAGGGUCCAAACAGAGCAGAUGGAGGAAAGCAGCCUCGAAGAGACGGGUGGAAGAGACGAUGGGAGAAGCAGCGUUGCCGUGGGCGUUUCGGAUGGCCAAACGGGAAGCCAGGACACAAUACGGCUGCACCGGAAGGAAGAGAAAAAUGUCCUGCGCUAUUACAUCUUCGAAGGCGUGCGCUAUCUCUGGGUGGAGAAACGCCAGGCCUACUGCAAGGCCAGCACGCUAGACGAAGCAUGGACGUGUUCCGAUAUCCAUCUCUUCUGCCGUGGCCUGAGUGUCCAGGAGCAGUCUGCCAGAAAGGUGGUUUACGGACCAAACCUGAUUGACAUACCAAUGAAGUCGUACCUCCGGCUGCUGAUGGAUGAGAUCUUGAAUCUGUUCUACCUUUUUCAACUGUUAAGCAUCGCCUUGUGGAUCUGUGAAGAUUAUUAUUAUUUUGCUGCCUGCAUCUUUAUCAUGUCCGUCAUCUCGAUAAGUCUGUCCCUCUACACCACAAGAAAGCAAAACAGAACGCUCCGGGACAUGGCCAAGGUGGUGACCAGCGUGCAGGUCUGCCGAGCGUCUGGAGAGACACCGAUGGUGAAUUCCACAAGCCUUGUGCCAGGGGAUGUCCUGGUGGUCUCUCCAGGCCCAGAAGGGAUGCUGGUCCCCUGCGAUGCCGUGUUGCUGAAUGGCGAGUGCAUGGUCAACGAAAGCCUUCUGACUGGGGAGAGCACGCCAGUCCUGAAGACCCCUUUGCCCAAAAGCCCAGAAAUGGCCGGCACCACCUAUUCCUCCGAAGAUCACAAGCGACACACCCUGUUCUGUGGGACGCGGGUCAUCCAGGCCCGAUCCUUUGGAGACACCGACAUCCUUGCAGUUGUGACCCGCACUGGCUUCUGCACAGCCAAAGGGGAUCUCAUCAGCUCCAUCCUUCACCCCAAGCCACUGAAACUCAGGUUUCAUAACGAUGCUUGGAAGUUUGUCGCCUUCCUUGCAAUCUUGGCCUCCGUUGGAACAGUCUACAGCAUCAUCAUCUUAAGGAGACACCAGGUUUCUGCGUGGUUGAUAGCCCUCCGUGCUCUGGACAUUGUGACAGUGGUUGUCCCCCCGGUCUUGCCAGCUGCAAUGACGAUCGGCACCAUGUACGCCCAAGAUCGGCUGAAACGCCAGGGCAUCUUCUGCGUCAGUCCCCAGCGCAUCGACCUCUGUGGGAAGGUGCGCCUGGUUUGCUUUGACAAGACAGGGACCCUCACCGCUGACGGCAUGGACGUCUGGGGAGUCGUUCCCCAGGCAAACAACUCUUUCCUGCCCAUCGUCCGUGAGCUGCGCCGCCUGACUGACGGGCCACUGCUCCGCUGCCUGGCCACUUGCCACACCCUCUCUCUGUUUGGAGAUCAGCCUGUAGGUGACCCAGUGGAUCUUCGGGUGCUGGAGUCUACAGGAUGGUCUCUGGUGGAAACCGAAGGGCCUGAGGUGGAGGCCUGCCUGGCCUCGGAUUUUGGGACCAGAGCCCUGCUUGUCAUGACUCCUCCGCUCCUGAGAGAGCAGCCUCCCAGCGUGAAGCAUGCUGUCCCCAUGGCUGUCCUCUGCCGCUUCCCAUUUUCCUCAGCUCUGCGGAGGAUGAGUGUUCUGGGGAAGGCUCCAGGCAACAGCCCCGUGGAGGCUUUCAUGAAGGGAGCUCCGGAGACAGUGGUCAGCCUCUGCAAGAGAGAAUCAGUCCCGCAGGACUUUUCCCAGGAGCUGCAUCGGUUCACGAGCGAUGGAUUCCGUGUUCUGGGGCUUGCUUAUAAGCCCUUUGUGGCCGUUGGGAGCUUUGAAGAAGCCCAGAAUGUGACCAGAGACUGUGUGGAGAAGGACAUGAUCUUCCUUGGGCUCCUGGUCCUGAAGAACGUCCUCAAGCCUGAGACGGCGCCUGUCAUCGGCGUGCUCCACAGCGCGGGCAUCCGAACUGUCAUGGUCACAGGGGACAACAUGCUCACAGCAGUAAACGUGGCAAAAAGCUGCCAAAUGAUGGAGCCGCAGGAGCGCGUGGUUUUCGUGAAUGCGGCGUCUCCCAGGUGUGGCAAGCCAGCUGCCCUCACCUUCAUUCCUUCGGAUGCCCCUGCAGAGCACGUCGAGGAUGUUCACCAGCAGGAGAAUGCCUUCCAGGAAGAGCAGUCGUGCUCAUUUGCCUUGAAUGGGAAAUCCUUUGCAAUCCUUUGCGAGUACUUUCCAGACCUCUUGCCCAAGAUACUAGUCCAAACCACCAUUUUUGCACAGAUGUUACCUGACCAGAAAACAUGCUUGGUUGAGCAUUUGCAAAAUCUGAACUACUGUGUGGCCAUGUGUGGGGAUGGCGCCAACGACUGUGGGGCUCUGAAGGCAGCUGAUGUGGGGAUCUCACUCUCUGAAGCAGAGGCCUCGGCAGUAUCACCGUUCACUUCCCAAAAGGCCGACAUCGAGUGCGUCCCCAUCACCAUAAGGGAAGGGAGAUGCUCCCUGGUCACCUCCUUUGGCGUCUUCAAAUACAUGGCGUUCUACAGCCUCAUACAAUUCGUUUCGGUGCUCCUGCUGUACACGAUCAACACUAACCUGAGCGAUGGGCAGUUCCUGUUCAUUGACAUCGUCAUCACGACCACGAUGGUUACCCUGAUGGGCAAGACAGAGCCUGCUGAGGACUUGGGCCGCAAACGCCCACAGGGAGCCCUGAUCAGCAUCGUCACUUUGGGCAGUCUUAUCCUCCAAAUGGCCCUCGUCAUCGCCGUCCUGACCGUCGUCUACUUCAUCACCAUCUCUCAGCAGUGGUUCAUCCCUUUGAACAGCACUGUCACAGCCCCCGCAAACCUCCCAAAUUAUGAAAAUACAGCAGUCUUCUGCAUCUCGGGCUUCCAGUACCUCAUCUUGGCAGUAGUCGUGUCCAAAGGCCCCCCUUUCCGCAAGCGGAUUUAUACGAAUGCGCUAUUUUUGAUCGCCUUGAUCUUGCUCUGUGGUCUCAUGGUCUGGUUAACCAUCUAUCCACUGCCCUUCAUGCAAAAGUUCUUCUAUCUGAAGAACGCUGGUGAUCUGGGCUUCAAAGGGAUCUUGCUGGGAAUGGCUGCCCUCCACUUCUUCAUGGCUCUCAUAUUGGAGGUGGGUUUGGACCACGGCCUGCUGAAUGGCUUUCGGAAGCUGUUUUGCAAGAAGGCAUCCAAAAAGCUGUACAAGCGGCUGCAGUUGGAGCUGAGCCAGGAGAAGACCUUGUGGCCGCCUCUAAACACACCUCUCUUUGCCCUCACCAGAUGAUACCAGCCUGUGGCU